GGCCGUGUCCACGCGGGGCAACGCCGAGGCCCUCGUGGCCCUGUUGGUGCUGGCCACCCUCUACUACACGGAGGGCAGCAGCGUGGCCAGGGCCGCCGCCUGCUACGGGCUCGCCGUGCACGUGAAAAUCUACCCGCUGACGUACGCGCUGCCCAUCGCACUGCACCUGCAGGGCAGGCAGCACGGGCACGGAGCGGCCCUGGCCAUGGGGCACCACGGAAAAGCGAGGUCCCCCCUGCUCGGGUUCCUCUGGCAGCUCUUGACAAACCGUGACGUGCUGCUUUUUGGAGCAGUCGCAGGGUCCGUGCUGGGCAGCCUCACAUUCGCCUUCUACUACCUCUACGGCUGGGAGUUUUUGGAGCACGCCUACCUCUACCACCUGACUAGGAGGGACACCCGUCAUAACUUUUCUCCCUAUUUCUACAUGUUGUAUUUAACUGCAGAGAGCAGAUGGAGUUUUGCCCUUGGGCUCGCAGCCUUCCUGCCCCAGCUGCUUCUGCUCGUGGUUGUGUCUGUAGUAUUUUACAGAGACCUUGCUUUCUGUUGUUUCCUCCACACGGCCAUUUUUGUGAGUUUUAACAAAGUGUGCACAUCCCAGUAUUUUGUCUGGUAUCUCUGCCUUUUGCCCCUCAUCAUCCCUAACCUCAGGAUGUCCUGGCGGCGCGGUGCGCUGCUGCUCUCCUUGUGGUUUCUCGGACAAGGCCUGUGGCUCGCUCCUGGAUACUUUCUGGAGUUCAAAGGGUACAACACUUUCUUACUGAUAUGGUUGGCAGGCUUGCUUUUCCUUUCUAUUAAUACCUUUGUACUUGUUCAAAUUAUUUCCCACUACCAAAGAGAAGCCCAAGUGGUGGAAAAAAACAAACAACGGUAA